CUCGCUCCCCAUCGCGGGCUGCGGGCGCUGCAGGGGCGCCGGGCGGGCGGUUGCCCUAUGCUAGCCCGCCUUCCGUGUGCAGACUCUUCACGUUAGCUGCGUCCCAUUGCACGUGCUUCUUUGUUUCCUGGGAACAGAAACAAAAACAUGCUUCAGGAAGGCGCACAUGGUAAAUGGACAGUAUCCAGCAGUGAUGAAAGUGCAGAGGAAGAUUCCGAUAGUGAAAAACCAUCUACAUCUACACUGUCGGAUGCUGCACGUGGUAGAACAAGUGAGCCGCAAUAUCCAUGCUCUGAAGCUAGGAAAGCUGCUCACAAGAGAAAAGCUUCUCCCCUGAAGCUCACUGAUGAAAGUCUUUCUACAGAAAUACCUCCAGCAGCAAAACAGAGAACUAGCCAAGAAGGCUUAGGCUGGUGUCUUUCUAGUAGUGAUGAAGAGCCUGAAGAUCAGCAAAAGCAUGCCCCCAAAGAAACAGUGAAAGAAGAAAAAUAUGAUGCGCCCAAAGAGCAGCCUCUGAAUCUUUGCAAAGAUGACAAACUCUCAGAGAAUUUGAAAGCCGAGGAAUAUAAUGAAACACCCAGUGAAGCUCAGGAUACCUGGGAUUUGUUAAAUGGAGGGAAUCCCUUCAGGUUUUUUCUCACUAAAGUCAGUGGAAUUGAACGGGGUUAUAAUUCUGGAGCCCUGCACAUAAAAGAUAUUUUGUCUCCUCUUUUUGGGACUCUCAUAUCUUCUGCCCAGUUUAACUACUGUAUAGAUGUGGGAUGGCUUGUAAGACAGUAUCCACAGGAAUUCAGGAAGAAGCCAUUGCUGAUAGUUCAUGGUGAAAAGAGAGAAUCCAAAGCUGAACUGCUUGCACAAGCACGACCUUAUGAGAACAUUAGCUUUUGUCAGGCUAAACUGGAUAUUGCAUUUGGAACUCACCACACGAAAAUGAUGUUGUUGUUAUAUGAAGAAGGUCUUCGAGUUGUGAUUCAUACAUCCAAUCUAAUUGCUGAAGAUUGGCACCAGAAAACUCAGGGAAUAUGGCUAAGCCCUUUAUAUCCAAGGCUGCCUAAGGGAGAAACAGGUUCUUCUGGUGAAUCUGAAACUAAUUUUAAAUCUGACCUUAUAAGUUACUUGAUGGCUUACAAUUCUCCUAUACUCAAGGAAUGGAUAGAUCUGAUUCAAGAACAUGACUUAUCAGAGACAAGAGUGUAUCUUCUUGGUUCUACUCCUGGACGGUAUCAAGGCAGUGAUAAAGAGAAAUGGGGUCAUCUUAGGCUCAGAAAGCUUUUGAAGGAGCAUGCUUUGUCGAUACCAGCACAGGAAUCCUGGCCUCUCGUUGGACAGUUCUCAAGCAUUGGUUCAAUGGGAGCUGAUGGGUCCAAAUGGCUGUGCUCUGAGUUCCAGGAGAGUCUGGUGGCUGCAGGCAGCGGUGUGACACCUUUCCUUAAAUGUGAUGUCCCAAUUCAUUUGGUUUAUCCUACUGUGAACAAUGUGAGGCAGAGUCUGGAAGGGUAUCCUGCUGGUGGCUCACUUCCAUACAGUAUACAGACAGCACAGAAACAGCUGUGGUUGCAUUCCUAUUUUCACAAAUGGUCAGCAGAAGUCUCAGGUCGAACUCGUGCUAUACCUCACAUUAAGACAUACAUGAGACUCUCUCCUGACUUCCAGAAGAUUGCAUGGUUCUUAGUAACAAGUGCCAAUCUAUCUAAAGCAGCUUGGGGAGCUCUGGAGAAAAAUGGCAGCCAACUGAUGAUCCGUUCUUAUGAACUUGGAGUUCUUUUCUUGCCUUCAGCAUUUGCCUCUCUUCCUAAAACCUACAACUGCUACAGGCUUAGGCUCUCAACCUGGAGAGAAUAAUAUAUGGUGAAGCUUUGCUGCAACUCAAGAUCAUGUUUUGGUGACAAGUAAGUUGCUCUACUUCUCUGACUCAGCAGAUAAGUGUAUUAGAUAAUUAACCGCCCGAUAAGAUAGGUUGGAAUCUGGCAUCUCAAACAUGUCAAAGCAAUAGAUUACCUUAACAUGUGAAACUGCAUCAUUUGGCCCUACCACAAGAGUAACCUGUCCAUGGCUGUCUUUACUCUCUUAAUUGUACUGGCAUCGGUGCUUAGUGGACACCUUGUGCUUUAAACCAGCUCAGUCUGGCCAAAACCAAAUUGCACAAGUUUCCGUGAACCAGCUGAACAUGAUCAGAUGAGUGCUAAUGUAAGGAAGAACUAGGAAAGGCAAGUUCAAGGGGGCAGAGUGCAGGAAGGUGAGCAUGGGAUCAUAUUGAGAUAGCCUUCAUUUGACCUGGUUUUGGAACCACACCUAGGGAGAAAGCCUUUCAGUGAAGUUUUGGGUGGAAAAUAUGCAUAAAUGGCUAGGAUCUGGAUGAGGAUGUAUUGUGCUCUAUAAAUGGUGAAGCCAAGCCCCCAGAUUUCUCCCUUUUUGUCACACUGGUUACUUUAAAGUGGGGGCCCCCUGGUGGUCUAGUGGUUAGGAUGCGGCGCUCUCACCGCCGCAGACUCGGUUCGAUUCUCGGUCAGGGAAACCCUCCGGGCAGAUGGAGCUCGUCAGCCCUGUAAGGCCAUCCAUCUAAGAGAAGGUCACUCUAAACAAACCUACAUCCUGAGGACCUCCCUGCCACUGUCCAAACUCGCUCGGCCCCAGCAGUUGAACCUCAGGAUUUAAGGGUGGGCUCAGUUCAGCGCACACUGUGUCUCACCUAAAAAAUCCACUGCGCAGGCUCGAAGGGUAAAGACCUUUCCCAAAUCUUCGUUCGCAAAGACUGGCCAUACCUACCUACCUACUUUAAAGUAACCAUUGUUGGGGGAGAAGAAGGAUUUUUUUUUUUUUUAUUAUAUCAAAGGAACAUCUCAUAACAUUGUGAUCAAAAGCAGAUACUGCUUGUGGAAAAGUAUAAUGGUCGGGCAUGUAUGUAGUAGUUUAUCCCUGAAGAUUUCUUGACUUCUGUUCUGUGAACAUCUUUUGUCUUCUCUUAGAAGUCUGUAAGCUUUUAGCAUUGACAGUCUAUUCUGGCUGAGUUCCGCAACUUGACAAUGUCAUGAAGGAGUGUUCUGAAAAUUACUCAUUUGAUGGUUUUCUUUUCCUGCAUUGAAAGAGAAAAUAACUCUGUGAUCCCUAAUCACCUUUUCCAUGCCUCUCUUUCCAUAGACCUUUAUCUGUUUCUAGACUAAAAGGUUGUUAGCCUGCUCAGCUGUUUUUAGGGUAGAGAUGAUUUGAUCAUUUUUGCUGCUUUUCUCUAUUUUUUUCCUCUGUAUCACUUGGGUUGGAAGGGUACUGAGUGGAGGGACAAAGGUUGCACUUAAGAUGGAAAUAUAAUUAUGGAGAAACAGAUGCAGGUAUAAAUCUGUUCUCAAGGUUCUCUUCACUGGGUCUGUAGGCCUGCUGUAUUUUUUGCAAAGUGAUGUGUAAUUAGUUAGCUUCUGAUGGUUUUUCAGCAAGUGAACGAGAGAGUUGUUCAUGUAGAAGUGACAGAAGCGUGACAUCAUUCUGAUAUAUCGCACAUCAUGAAAAGGUUUAAUUUGUUGUCAAAUAAAUUAAUUAAAAUGUAGGCAAUGUAAAGAUGCAUUGUGGAAGUUUAACGGUUUCUCUGUACAGCCCUCACAAUUUUUGUUUUUGUGAAUUAUAGAAAACUCCUAUGCAGGUAACUGUAGUAAAAUAGUCUUAUGUUUGAAUCUCCGACCUCAGAAUAACAGUACAUACUUUGGAAGAGAAUAGUUAAUUCUUUUCAUCCCAGUUUCCUACAUAUUGAUACUUAAUUGUAAAGACUGGCAGCCUGAAGACAAGUUGUCACCUGUCAGUAGUCACAUUAUAUGGUGCAUUUGGGAGCAAAGCAGGGAGGGAAACUGCAGCUGAUUUGCUUUCUUCAUUGAGAAGUGCCUGCAGAGACACGCAAGGAAGUAGUCAGAAGAGACAAAUACAAAUGCUUGGCUGAUGUACAUGCAGCUAUCUGAUAUUCCAGUUGCACUGCUUAGCUUGCAAAUCUGUCCUCUGUAUAUGUCCCACAGUUAGCUCUGCAUAAAAAGUGCUUCUUCGAUGACUUGGUCUGGUUGUCACACUGGUUCACUGUGGUUUUAGCAUACUGUGUGGCAGAGUAGUCUUAGGUGAAGAUAACAGAGAACUAGGAAUAGACUAAAAUUUUUAUAAACAGAAAAGUUUGUUUGUAACUAAAGUUAUACAAAAUACAAACUAGAUGAAGUGCUUUGAAUAAUAAGUGAGCAUUCCUAGGCCUUGAGAGACUCACCAUGCUCUAGCUAUUGGAAUGCUGAUUUAACACUGCCAAUUUCUGGUAGUUCUGUUUCUUCAAGUUGUUUUAUCUUAAAGUUAAUGACACUUAUUCUGAUAGAAGUUCAGACUUAGCAUCAUAGCAUCACACAAUCACUUAGAUUGGAAAAAGUCCUUUAAGAUCAUACAGUCCAACCAUUAAAAUAUCCCUGGCAGUGAUGGGAAUUGAACCUGUGCCCCAGAAUAGAGUGGAGCCUUAAUCCUGCACCUUGGCAUGUUUGGCCAUGGCUACCCUGGUGUACUUGUGUAGCACACACUUAAUGUUACUCAUCUUAAGAACUCCUCUAGCAUUGUGGCUUGUGCCUUCUAUUUUCUGCUGAAUACAAAUUUGGAAGUGGAUCAUUCCUCACCUGCUAUCAGUUGACUGCCAGUUUUUGUCUUUUUUUUUUUUAAGAUGCUUCCAAAAUUAUGCUUUGAGGUUGGGUCUUGGCCUGGUGUGCUAAUACAGACUCUCAGAAAUAUGCCAAAUGGUUGUUCUUAACAUAGCAACAGCUGUUAUCAUUUACAAUUCUAGUGUUUAGGGAAAAAUCAGCUGAUGCUGACAUUUUGAUCAAUAGAAGCUUGUGAUCCAAACUGUUUAUAGAAUUCAUGUCCUGUGUUUGAACUACAUUUUCCUUUCUAUCUCCAUUUCUAUUUUGUACUUCCUACAUCUACACUCCCUCUCUUUUUCAACUUGCUGUUUCAGCUGCUGGGGAAUUCCUUUCCAGAGGCUGAAAUAAAGUACAUCCUUGACAGGUAAAACAUGUUGAGAGAAUUCCAUCAUCUAAAAGCAUAGAGUUCUGGGAAGCAUGUUCCAGUAACUACUUUGUUUGAAAAAUCUUGAAAGUGACUAAUGGAAAACUUUUUAAGUAAAUAGUUCCUCCUCAUAGCUUCUGUUUCUGAUAAGAUUGUAAGGUAAACUGAACUUGAAUAUAAAAGUUGGUGGAAUACUUAAAUCUUUUUAAAGAUUUGUUGAAUAUGGUACUAGCCACUCAGCUUUUGGAAAUAUAAGCUCACAAAAACAAAACAGUUGCUAUUAAACUGAAAACUUACCCAUAAUUGCCUACCUAGGGCUAUAAAAUGCUACAAUUACAUUUAGAUAAUCAAUCCCAGACAACUAACAACAGUAUUUCAGAUUCUGAAAUGCUGUAUUUGAUGGUAAGUACUCACUGGUAAUGAGUUGACUGUGAUAAUUAUGAUUGACUGUGGGGCUGGGCGUAUGAACUGAGUCUGGAUUAGAGAGCAGCCAGGCAUGGUCGGUGAGAUCAUCAGAACCGAACUGCUUAAAUUUUUGUGGAGUUCACAUAACUGAACCAGGCACCUUCCAUCAUAGCUCAACCAAAAUUAAGUAGGUUAAGCUCUUUGACUGUAACAUUAGCUUCCAAGGUAAUGUAGUACCCCUUUCUUGGAUUUCUCUAGUUUCCCAACCAGCAAAUGUUGGGAAAUAUUAACGUUUCAAAAUAUAUUCUUUGAGCAGCAGUUGCAAAGCAAAAUAAAGCUGUGGAGGGAAAAAUUCUGAAAGAAUAGAGUAUGGCUGAGGAAAACUUACGAGGCAGGCAGAAUUAUUUUAGGCAAGAUCCUGCUGCUUGUUUUUUGGAAACAGCAGUGAGAGCUGUCAACAUUCAGGAAAUGCUCAAAACAGACAAAGUGUGUGAAUUAGUUCAAUUUCUGUGUGAAGAUAGACACAUGAGUUAUUUUUAAAAGCAUGUGAAUCUCCUCAGAGAGCCUUGGUAAAGAAUGUAUUCCAUAAACUAGACUCUUACUCCAGGGUGUUUUGAGGAAAACUAAAUAUCUUUUCUUAGAUUAGUAUUUCCUUAAUGGAAGGUCUCUCUAGGUUAAAUUCUGAUACGAAUAAAACAAUUUAAACUGAUGAAGUCAAGCAGCAAUGGAGGAUAGCAUCAGAGAAGAAAUAAGGCUUUCAGAGGAGAGGAAAAUAUAACUGCUGACUACUGAGGAAGAACAGGCAGAGGAAAACAAAGUGUGGAACAAGAGAAGGAAACAAAAUGCUUGAAAAGAAAGAUGCUGAAGUAAUAACAAGGCAUGGAGUGUAGAAGAAACUAAGCAGAAACAAAAAUUAUUACUAGAUUGAAAAAAAGGAUGUAUAACAGGGGUAAAAAAAAUGAAAAAUGUCCUACAAUUAGUGCUUUUUUUCCUUUCAUGUUGAGUGAAAACACUUCUAUGAACUUUAGAGUGAAUACAUGCAACAUAGUUUGUGAUACUUGAAUUAAACUGCCAUUACUUUGUACGUAGAGGCUGAAAUAGGUGUUGUCCUGCACUCUGUGCUUUGAUCACAAUGGUUACGCAAGUUUCAAACUCGGAUGGUGCCAGGCAACAGCUUUGUAAUUUUGGUGCUCUUGAUCAGGCAGGAGUAUGAAGUUCAUUGUAGAAUAAGAACCAUCUCACAGUAUAGCAGAGAAACCUUCUCUGCCAUUCCACACUUGUCCCAUAGCUGCAUGUAGAAGACAGAGAGAAGCUCACAGGCUCUUGAGGCAAUCAAACCUCAUACAUGCCAUUUUAGCUGACGAUUUCAAUGUCAUCUUGUGAGGGGUAUAGAAUCAUAGAAUCAUAGAAUCGAUUGGGUUGGAAAAGACCUCCGAGA